AUGCACAUAUUUCCUGGAGCAAUAGGUGCACCAGAUGGAACACUUAUACAUACAGUUGUUCCUGUUGAUCAACAAACUCAUUAUAGAGGAAGAGGAAAAGGUGAAUGUUAUCAAAAUGUAAUUGGAAUUUGUAAUUUUGAUAUGAUAUUCACCUUUGCAUGGGCUGGAUGGGAGGGCAUAGCACAUGAUUCUAAUGUUUUGAAAGAAGUUGCAUUUAACCCGACUUCCGGAUUUCCAUUCCCUCCACCAGAUAAAUAUUACCUUUGUGAUGCCGCAUAUACCAACACCCGUGGAUUUAUGGCUCCCUACCGCAAUACUAGAUAUUGGUUAGCCGAUUUUCGAAGAAACAUAGCUUUAACUAAGGAAGAAAGGCUCAAUCAUGCUCAUGCACAACUUAGAAAUAUCAUUGAACGUGCUUAUGGUGUAUUGAAGGCGAAAUUUCCAAUUUUAAAACAAAUGACUCCUUAUCCUUUUCCAGUGCAAAGAGACAUAGUCAUUGCUUGUGUUGUGGUCCAUACUUUUAUAAGGAAAUACAAUAUUGAAGAUGAAUUAUUUACAAACUUUGAACAAAACACUAUAGCUACUCCUAAUGUGGGUGGUGGAGGAAGUGAGGGCCAAAACAUAAAAGGCAUAGAAUGGGGUUCAGAAGUCGUUGACUAUAUGACUACUUUGCGUGACCAGAUUGCUAAUCGGUUACUUUCAAAUGGUUCACGUUAA